UUUCAAACAAACCCUUCUUUCUGGUCCCAGCGCGUCAACAAGCCCUGACUGUGUCUACUAGGUCAUAUUUACAUUUUGCUUCAACACGGCUGCGAUUUUUCAGUCUGUGAAGGAAGGCGCUUGUUCAUUCAAAAAACCAACUAUAGUGAAGCCCUUCAUUUAUAAGCAGAAUGACCUCGCCUUUAUCCAUGUUGAAGAAACAAAAGCGCGUUGCUUUACCGGGACCCAGCGGGGCGCUGGGCAGCGAUGCAUAUAGGGGACAGCUGUUCCCAGAAGUCCGAUGUUGUCCACCAGAAGGUCCGCCCAGUGACCUUGAGCUCCUGUCCUCCAUGAUGCAGAGAUUGACUCAGCUUGAAGCGACGGUCAAGAGCCAAGCAAAGGAGCUGGAGAACAAGGAGAAAAAAAUCACAAUUCUGGAGAGAAAAUUAAACCUCACAGAGCCAAUGAAAGUUGUGGCUGACCAAGAGGAUCUUAUGAAGACCUGUCGCCGGCUCCACACUCAAGUGACUGAAAUGGAGAACUUCCUCAUCGACUACGGUCUGAUGUGGGUGGGAGACGGAGAGGAGGGCGAGGAAACACUCCGGCUGGGGCUGGAGGAAGCGGAGCAGGAACAGUCACAGGGCACGGAGAGAACCCUUUGGCACCCAGACACCUCUGCAGUCGCCGGCUUCCAGGUGGACUUUGACCUGCUCUUGCAGAACGUCAGGCAGCUAAACCUCCUGGCCGGGGAAGGGGAGUCCUUUGUUCAGCCCACGGCCAUGGGAGCUCAGCUGGCUACAAGGGAACCCAUUCAGCUGCGGCUGUACAGCAACGGCAUCCUGAUGUUCGAGGGCCCUUUCCGCUCGCACCGGGAAGCCAGCACUCAGCGGUGCCUGCAAGAUCUGAUGGAUGGAUAUUUCCCCUCUGAGCUGCAGGAGAGAUUCCCUGAAGGAGUGCCUUUCCAAGUCCACGACAACCGACACGAGGAGUUCAUCGACAGGCCACUCUUCUCUGGAAAAGGCCUAGCUGUUGGUGCAGUGAGAAACACUAUAUCCGCUGUCCCUGGCAGAAAGUUGACCAAGGACCAGUUUCUGAACAGAUUGCCGAAGGUGGUAAUAAAGGGUGGUAAGGUGAUUGAUAUCAGGAGCUCUGUCGAGGCUACACUGCAGGGUUCAUCCAGCGGCCAGAACAGUCCGGUAACCUUCAUAGACACUCCAGCACUGAGGGCUAUGAAUGAGAGGCUGGAGAUACGUGGCUCCGGUAGUCACCCGUCUGCUGAUGACGAUGUGGCUACACUGCGGGUCAAGUCUGAAGACGGCAACCGCAGUUACAUUCUGAAAAUGCACAUCUCAGAAACCAUAGGACACCUGCGCAGGUACCUGGAGAAACACAGAGGGAAAGGUGUUCCUGAAUAUGACGUCUUCAGUGUGUUCCCACGGCGCUGCUACAGUGAUGAAACCCUGACACUUGCAUGUUGUGGGCUUACGCCAAGUGCUACUCUGCUGUUGAGACCUCAGAAAGCCUCUUCCCAAAGUACUGAUCCCUCCAAUUCAGCAAAGCUAAAGAUUGCAAAAUGAACCGUCACUGACAAAAACUAUGUUUAAGUCCAUGGUGGUCAAAACUACAAGCAAGCUGGAAUUAUGUUUUUCCUACCAGAAUAGUUUUUAAUAAAGUCUUUAUUUCUAAGUUUUGAAUCAAGGGCAACCAUAUGAAAAUAUAAACAUCUCUUCCAUUUGACAAACAUUAGAAAUGGUAAGGCAUGUGGUAGCAGACUGCAAAACAAAUAAAACAAAUGUUAGCUAGCCAACACUGUUAUGAUUCCUCAAUAGAUCCUGUGCUUGAUAUCAAGUAUAUUGAAUUAUAACCAAUUACCAGAAUAAUAAGCAACAACACACAACAAAAAAAGACUAAAUCCAAGUGUAGUGUUUAUCCUGCCUAUACAAAGGGUCGCUAUCCUAUAUAAACCAAUUGAAACGUAAACGCUGAGUGACAUCCUCUAGAUAGGGCUGAGUCUACCUAGAAUCACAGGAUGUAGCUGCUCUUACACAGUUCAUGUUUCUACAAAGAACAGUGAACAGGCCCCUUCAGGCCUCGGGAUAGCCCUGGAGUAUUUGUUACAAUCACAGUCUGGGAAUGUACAGAUUAUUAUGUUUGCUGAUACACCAAAAAGGUGGGAGAUUAAAGAGUUAACGGCCAA